AUGAAACUGAAUAGGCCGAACGAGGGCGACGCCUACCCGCUUGGCGCCCUGCCCAUCGGCACGCAGGUGCACUGCGUGGAGAAGUACCCCGGCGUGGGCGGCAUGCUGAUACACGCGGCCGGCGCGUACGCCACCAUCGUGCGCAAGGCGCCCAACGAUCACGUGGUGGUGGCGAUGCCGUCGAAGCGCGAGUUCAGUCUGCCGGCGGUGUGCAUGUGCACGAGGAACAGGGAGCUGGGCAACAGACCGCGCUCCGGGUUGUGGAAACGGAAGACUGGCAUCCAUGGGAGGAAGUUGCGCAGGCCGCCACCUUGCAAGACGAUCGUGUCCCAAUUAAAGCAGGACGACGACACGAUCGUGCUCACUUGUCACAGGCCGUUCGUGAAGACGAUGAGAAACCAGUUCCAUUACUGA